AUGUUGGGAGACAAGGCUCACGGUGUCACGUUGAAGGUUAUGGAGUACACGUAUGACGACGACCUGGAGGAGCUGUGUCCCGUGUGCGGGGACAAGGUGUCCGGGUACCACUACGGGCUGCUCACCUGCGAGAGCUGUAAGGGGUUCUUCAAGAGAACCGUGCAGAACAACAAGCGGUACACGUGCGCGGAGAACCAGGAGUGCAAGAUCGACAAGACGCAGCGCAAGAGGUGUCCGUUCUGCCGCUUCCAGAAGUGCCUGAACGUGGGCAUGCGGCUGGAAGCGGUGCGCGCGGACCGCAUGCGCGGGGGCAGGAACAAGUUCGGCCCGAUGUACAAGAGGGACCGGGCCCUGAAGCAGCAGAAGAAGGCUCUGAUCCGCUCCAGCGGGUUCAAGCUGGAGGGCGCGGCCCCCCCGCCGGCCUCCCCCUCCCUGCAGACGGACUACGGGUUCACCGGCAUGCCGCCCGCCAUCGCCUCCAAGAGCCUGCUGCCCUCCUCCACCCCGAGCUCCAUCCCCUCGACGGAGUACGAGGCCAACCUGUACGGACCCCCAUCCCUCGGGGGCAUGGCCAUGCAGGCGCAUGCGCCCCUCGCCCAGUACCAGUACUCGGCCUUCCCCGGCCGGCCGAUCAAAGCCGAGUGCCCCGACUACACCAGCUCCCCGGAGUCCCUGAGCGGAUACCCGUACCCCGACAUGUACCCGUCGGCCUCCUCGCCGCCGCCGCCGCCGCCGCUCGGCCUGCCGCCGCUGGUGCUGGAGCUGCUGCGCUGUGACCCGGAUGAGCUGGCGGUGCAGAGCAAGAUCGUGGCUCACCUGCAGCAGGAGCAGAGCGGCCGGCGGCGGCGGCGGCGGCGGGGCGGCGGCGGCGGCGGCGGCACCUUCGGCCUCAUGUGCCGCAUGGCGGACCAGACUCUGUUCUCCAUCGUGGAGUGGGCGCGCAGCUGCAUCUUCUUCAAGGAGCUCAGGGUGGGAGAUCAAAUGAAGCUGCUCCAUAACUGCUGGUCUGAACUUCUGGUCCUGGAUCACAUCUUCAGACAAGUGCAGCACGGACAGGAAGACAGCAUCCUGCUGGUGACCGGCCAGGAGGUGGAGCUGUCCUUCGUCCUGUCCCAGGCGGAGGCCACGCUGUCCGCUCUGGUCCAGAGGGGUCAGGAGCUGGCGGCCCGGCUGCGGGCGCUGCAGCUGGACCGCCGAGAGAUCGCCUGCCUCAAGUUCCUCCUGCUGUUCAACCCCAACGUGAAGCUGCUGGAGGACCAGGCCUUCGUGGAGGGCGUCCAGGAGCAGGUGAACGGCGCCCUGCUGGAGUACACGCUGUCCACCUCCCCGCAGUUCCAGGACAAGUUCAGCCACCUGGUGGUGCGGCUGCCGGAGCUGCGCUCGCUCAGCACGCAGGCCGAGGACUACCUGUGCUACGUGCACCUGAGCGGGGAGGUGCCCUGCAACAACCUGCUCAUCGAGAUGCUGCACGCCAAGCGGGCGUGCGUGUGA